UAUUUUUGUGUGGACAUAACUUGGGAUUUUUCGGUACGUUGACUGUUUGUCCUCUGUUACAGCCGAAUCCAAGAGUAAGUCUCACAGUGAGUCAAAACGUGAUGGCAAGGAGCGGCACAGUCACAAGGAGUCCAAACGGGAGAGGAAGGAUCGUAGCAAAGAGUCUUCUUCUCACCUACGCAACACCAAGGACAGGAGCUGUAGCAGCGUGGAGCCGCUGCCCAGGCGAUAUAGCAAAGACCGGGGUUGUAACAGUGUGGAGCCCUUGGCUAUGAAACGGGACAGCAGAGACCGGGGUUGUAACAGUGUGGAGCCCUUGCCUAUGAAACGGGACAGCAGAGACCGGGGUUGUAACAGUGUGGAGCCCUUGCCUAUGAAACGGGACAGCAGAGACCGGGGUUGUAACAGUGUGGAGCCCUUGCCUAUGAAACGGGACAGCAGAGACCGGGGUUGUAACAGUGUGGAGCCCUUGCCUAUGAAACGGGACAGUAAAGGCAGAGGAUGUAAAAGUGUGGAACUCCCGCCUGUCAGACGGUACAGCAAAGACAGAAGUGUCCACGGCAUGGAGCCGUUACUGCAACUGGACAGCAAAGACUCUCCCCGGAAUGGUGUGGAGUCCAGACAUGACAGCAAAGACUCUCCCCGGAAUGGUGUGGAGUCCAGACACGACAGCAAAGAAAGGCUCAGCCACCAGAACCCACCGGAACUUCUACCAAGGCAAGAUAGCAAAGACCAAACCAGGAACGGAAUGGAUUCGAGACAUGACAACAAAGAACAAAUGGACCAGCCACCAGAGCUUCUACCCAGGGAAGAUAGCAAAGACCGAGUCAGGAACGGAAUGGAUUCGAGACAUGACAACAAAGAACAAAUGGACCAGCCACCAGAGCUUCUACCCAGGGAAGAUAGCAAAGACCGAGUCAGGAACGGAAUGGAUUCGAGACAUGACAACAAAGAACAAAUGGACCAGCCACCAGAGCUUCUACCCAGGGAAGAUAGCAAAGACCGAGUCAGGAACGGAAUGGAUUCGAGACACAACAGCAACGAACAAAUGGACCAGCCACCAGAGCUCCUACCCAGACAAAAAAGCAAAGAUUCACCCAGAAAUGGCCUUGAGUGCAGACGUAAUAGCAAAGACAGAGACAGGGAGAGCUACGGCCUAGAAUCUAGACAUGAGGGCAAAGAACGAAGUUACAAUGGAAUGGAGCCCUUUCCCUUACCCCGACAGGAAAUCAAAGAGUCAGACAGAAAUGGCCUUGAAGCCAGGCGUGACAGCAAGGACAGAAACUGCAAUGGCUCAGAGUUGCCCCCCCGGCGCGACAGCUACGGCAAGAGUGCCAAUGGGGUUGAUCUUAGGUGCGUCAAUAAAGACCGGGUUUGCCAUAGCUCAGAGGCCUUGCCCAGGCGUGAUGUCAGAGAUAGGGGGACCUAUAGCGUGGAGCAAUCAAAAGCUCAAGCGAGGAACGGUGUAUCAGGGCAACAACAAUCAUCGACUGCCACACCAACUCGGCAUGGGAGACCUGCUGGCAGUCCGCCAAUGGUGUUUGGAAGUGGCAAUACAGAGCUGAAACCAGCACCUACGAAGUAUGGCCACUCCUCCUCUGGCCCAGUUACACCCUCUCCCUUAGGGACCCCACAGAGGCAAGCAUCAGAGGCACAGGCGUCCCAGAUGCCGUGGAAGUGUGGGGACAGCACCAUGCUGGAGCAGAUCGAGAGGAAACGCUCCCUGUGCAUGGAGAUCCGCUCCAGGCAGCGGCCAGACAGGAACCCCCCGGACAGGAACCUCUGUAAGCAGGACAGCAUGCCUACCCUCCCCAUCUGGGGGAAGAGCAACGGGGCCAAAAAGAUCCGGCCUCCCCCCUACCCAACACAAACCACCGUGUUCUGGGACACAGCCAUCUGACAAUAACCCGCUUGGCCUCACGCCCAUCCUCCUUCUGAACUCUGUGCCUACUGAUUGGCCUUCUCCACAUCAGAGGUGUCAGGGGCAGCCAAUAAGAGCAGGGGGGGGGAUCGCUGAUGUCAAAGGACAAUGGUGGUUACCAUAGCAAUAUUUCAGCUUGUUCAGGUUUACAUUUUUCUUAUCAUCACCAGUGAUAUUUGAUAUUUUUCUAUUUCAUGUGACUUCGUAUGAAUAGAUAUUUUCUAAACAAAAAGCUAUGAAGCAGCAAAAAACGAUGUAGUUGUAGAUCAAUCCGAUGUAGUUUUUCAAAUGUUUUUUUUGUAUUUAACAUUUUAAAGCAUAGUCUUUCAAGCAUAAUUCUUUAUGCCAAAUGCUCUAUUCAUUUCCAAUGCUAGACGUACUCUUUUGAAUGGAGGAUAUUCUGACGGUCAACACGCUGUCACUGUUAUGGGUUGAGGAGUUCAGUUGACAUACAAUAC